GAAAACCGCCGAUAUACAGAUUGAAAAAUAAACCGCCACGUCGGUUUAAACCCUAGCUAUCUCCUGUGCUCAGUGAAUUUCGGGAGAUUUGCAUUCAUUCCGCUUAAGACGUUCCCCGAGCCACCACCGUAACCUUACCGCGAGAUAUAUUUAUAGCUUCUUCUUACGGAAAUCGCAAACUACUUUCCAUUACUUAAAUUCUUCCUCUCAGCCCUAAAAUCUCCAAGUCCGGAGCCACGACGAGCAGACAGCUGUUCUUUUUGGCCGGUACUAAAAUGGCGUCGAUGAUGUUUACGGAUUGCUCCUCCUCCACGACGUCGCUUCUCAUCCAUCUGAACCGCCGCAGCAGUACUACCCUCCUCCGUCAGUCCGUUGGCCAACUCCGCCUACGGACCACUGUGUCUGGCCGUGCCUGCUCUCUCUCCAUUCGCUCCGCUGAUGCAGCAUCCGACAAGGUAAUUGAUGGAAAGGCUGUGGCGAAAACGAUAAGAGACGAGAUCACAGUCGAGGUUUCAAGAAUGAAGGAAUCGAUCGGUGUGGUUCCUGGAUUAGCUGUGAUCCUUGUUGGGGACAGAAAAGAUUCGGCGACUUAUGUGAGGAACAAGAAGAAAGCUUGUGAAUCCGUCGGGAUACAAUCAUUCGAGGUUCGUCUAGCUGAAGAUUCCUCAGAAGAGGAAGUGAUGAAGUCUGUCUCGGGCUUCAACGAUGAUCCUUCUGUCCAUGGAAUCCUUGUUCAGCUGCCUCUACCAUCGCAUAUGGAUGAGCAGAACAUAUUGAAUGCGGUUAGCAUAGAGAAAGACGUGGACGGAUUUCACCCGCUGAAUAUUGGACGGCUUGCCAUGCGGGGAAGAGAGCCCUUGUUCGUUCCCUGCACUCCAAAAGGAUGCAUCGAGCUGCUGCACAGAUACAACGUUGACAUCAAAGGAAAGAGAGCCGUUGUGAUCGGAAGGAGCAACAUCGUUGGUAUGCCAGCUGCUCUGUUACUCCAGAGGGAGGAUGCAACUGUUACCAUUAUCCAUUCAAGAACCAAGAACCCUGAAGAAAUCACACGGGAAGCUGAUAUCAUUAUCUCAGCUGUUGGGCAGCCGAACAUGGUCAGAGGAAGCUGGAUUAAACCGGGCGCAGUCCUCAUCGACGUUGGGAUUAACCCUGUUGAGGAUCCAGAUGCUCCACGUGGCUAUCGAUUGGUUGGAGACAUUUGCUACGAAGAGGCUUCGAAAGUUGCAUCAGCCAUCACGCCUGUUCCUGGUGGUGUUGGACCAAUGACCAUAGCCAUGCUUCUUUCCAACACGUUGACAUCAGCUAAGAGAAUCCACAACUUCCAGUGA